AUGGUCGCAGAUGGAAACUUUCUUCCGAUCACACAUACAGGUUCCGCUGUCAUAUCAUCUUCUUCAGGUAUUCUUCCACUUCGAGAUGUUUUGGUGUGCCUUGCCAUAGCUACAUCUCUUUUGUCUGUAUUUAAAGUAACAACAAACUAUCCAUGCUUUUUUAAAUUUAACUGUGAUGGUGUGAUUGUUAAGGACAAGGUCACCAAGGGUCGGAUUAUUCUGGGAAGAAACAGUGAGGGAUUGUAUGCUCUGUCAGAUGACAAACCUGCAGUUUUUCUCUCGAUAAGGCAACAAGCUGCCUCGGAUGUGGUCUGGCACAGGAGACUUGGUCAUCCCAACGAUCAAGCUCUUCAUCACUUAUCAUCUAUCAAUGCUAUUAGGAUCAAUAAAAGAACAAAUCAAGUCCGCGAGUCGUGUAGUCUUGGGAAGAGUGCCCGAUUACCUUUUAGUUUGUCUGAGUUUGUAGCUACUAAGCCUUUACAGAGAAUCCACUGUGAUCUCUGGGGUCCUUUUCCAACUGUGUCUGUUAAGGGUUUUCGUUAUUAUGUAAUCCUGAUUGACAAUUGGUCAAGGUUCAGUUGGAUUUAUCCUUUGAAAUUAAAGUCAGAUUUCUUCUCUGUGUUUCUCUCGUUUCAAAAACUUGUUGAGAAUCAGUUUAACACAAAGAUAGGAACGUUUCAAAGUGAUGGUGAAGGUGAGUUUACAAGCACGCAAUUCCUGGCUCAUCUACAAGACAGUGGCAUUCAACAUUAUAUGUCUUGCCCACAUACUCCUCAGCAAAAUGGUCUAGCUGAGAGAAAGCAUCGUUAUGUCACCGAACUAGGAUUGUCCAUGAUGUUUCAGAGUAAGAUGCCGUCCAAAUACUGGGUUGAAGCCUUCUUUACAGCCAAUUACUUAACCAAUCUUCUUCCGACCACGACUUUAGCAAGUAAAGAAUCACCAUAUCAGAAGCUUUUUGGCUCUCCUCCGGUGUAUGCUUCACUAAGAAAGUUUGGAUGUGCAUGCUUUCCAACGUUGAGAGAUUAUGCAGACAACAAAUUUGAUCCAAAAUCUCUCAAGUGUGUGUUUAUGGGUUAUUCAGCUAAACUCAAAGGAUAUCGAUGCCUGUAUCCUCCUACAGGUCGGGUAUAUAUCAGUCGGCAUGUGAUAUUUGAUGAAAAUAGAUUUCCAUUUCAGGAUGAAUAUCUCUCACAACAUUCACCUGCAACGACAUCUCUGUCAAAGGCGUGGCUGCAAAGCUUUGUUCCGUCUGUGACUCCGACUACUAUACCGGUUGUAGCUCCGGUAGUUGAUCUUCCUGUGUCUCCUCCAGCUCCAUCCACAGAACCUCCAAACCUGGUGUUGUUUGAAAGAGAUCAAGAGCCUAGUGUUGAUAAUGAAGCUUAUCAAGACAUACAGCAGAACCAAACUACUACUUCAGAGGGACCAUGUACUGGGCGUACGCCAUGCUUAGAUCAUGAUGCUAUAGGCGACAGCGUGAUUCCUUCUGCUAGUAGGACAGUUAGUUCAGCUGGUCAGUCGAGUUUGCUAGCUAUAAACAGAGGAAUUACGACAACUUGCUCAGGACAUCAGAUGAUAACACGAUCAAAAUCAGGGAUUCAAAAGUCGAAUCAACACUAUGCUCUUCACACUCAGAAAGUGACGUUUCCUAAACAAAGAACAGUGACUGAAGCUCUAAAGCAUCCUGGUUGGAAUGGAGCCAUGACAGAAGGGUAUGAUACUUGUGGUAUAACCAGAACGUGGUCGUUGGUUCCAUAUUCUCCUGGCAUGAAUGUCCUUGGAAGCAAGUGGAUAUUCACUCCGAAAAUUAAAGCUGAUGGAUCUCUUGAUCGACUGAAGGCACGUAUUGUAGCUCAGGGAUUUGACCAGGAGGAAGGUAUAGACUAUUUGGAGAGAUAUAGCCUGUAG